AAAAAAAAUCCGGUUUCCUUCCGUCUGGCCGUGAAUAUUACAGCCCUUCCUCCCGCCGGCGUCGGGUCAGCCGUGAGACGCGUGAUUUCCUUCCGCCCGGGGCCUCCUCGUCUCGUUGGUGUCAAAUUCAAAUCGAAGCUGAGAGGGAGUCAUAGGGAGAGGCGCCAGCGGCAGAGCUUGAUCGAGAGGAUAUUUAGCAUCAUCGUCCUAUGAUGCCCAUCCCAGGUGUAUUGGUUCAAUCAUUAGCAGAAAGGAAGGUCUCACCCUGCUAUCAAGAUGACGCUUCUCAAACUGGCUCACCAAUUCCGGAGGAUAUCUGGCAUCAUAUAUGUUCUUUUCUGCCAAUGAAGGAUGUUGCGCGUGCUGCUCGUGUGUCUCACGUCUUUCUACGCGCUUGGAGGUGCCAUCCCAACCUCACCUUUAGUAAGACAAUAAUGGGAUUAAGCAAAGAAUCUCGUGGACAGGGUAAAAUAACAAGAGACUACAACAACAAAAUUGGCCAUAUUCUGAAGAAUCACGGAGGCAUUGGUGUGAAGAUACUAAACCUUGAAUUCUAUGGUCCUUAUAAUCUCAAAACCAGCCACUGUCUUGAUAGUUGGCUCCAGAUUGCUCUUACCCCAGGGAUAGAAGAACUCACCCUUACACUGUAUCCAAAGAGGAAGCAGACAUUAGAAGAGGAAAACUACAACUUACCAUUGUCACUUUUAUCUAAUGGGAGUGGGAACUCUAUUCGUGCACUGAACUUCUUAGGUUGUGCCUUCCGCCCCACUGUAGACUUGGGUUGCAUGAGAAGCCUGACAAGUCUGUCUCUAUGUUUUGUGCAUAUUACUGGGGAUGAGUUGGGGUUCCUUCUUUCCAAUUCUAUUUCUCUGGAGAUAUUGAACCUUAGCUGUUGCGUUGAGAUAAUCUUCAUCAAGAUACCUUGCCUGUUGAAGCACCUGAGCCACCUGACAGUGUCCGAUUGUUAUGUGCUGCAAGUGAUAGAAAGCAAAGCUCCAAAUAUAUCCAGUUUUACUUUUGACUUUAAGGAUAGAAACGUAGACCUAUUACUUGGAGAAUCAUUGCAAGUGAAGGAAAUAGAGAUAUGCCAUCCUUGUGUUCUUCGUGAUGCUCGUACCAUGCUCCCGUCCAGUACGCCAAAUCUUCAAACUCUUACCAUAUGUUCGAUUGACGAGGAAUCUAGCACGCCAAUGUUACCAAGCAAAUUCCUACACCUCAAAUAUUUAGUUAUUACUGUAAUGGAAUGCGCCUUUCCUGCACACUAUGAUCUUUUCUCGCUUGUUUCUUUUCUUGACGCGUCUCCUUGCUUGGAGACUUUCGACCUAGAUGUACGAAUGAUACUACAUGAGCAUGACAUGAAUGUCGAAGACCUCUCACAGUUGGAGGGGAUUCCAGGACACCGCUAUGGCAAUCUUAGGCGUGUGAGGAUCACUGGGUUCUGCUUCAGAAAGAGCUUGGUUAUGCUCACAUGUCAUAUCCUUGAGAAUACACCAUCGCUUGAGUGCAUUACACUUGACACUUGUGGCGGGACUGCAUGUUCCGGCGACGAAGUUGGCUCAUAGGCCAAGGGCAAGCCCGC